AUGUCUUCCACAACAGUUCUACACAUCAGUCAGGAAGAGAUUAACGAGGCUGUGGCAUUGGCAGACUCUUGGGAGGAUGCGCUAGCAGCAGAUGGAAUCCGUAGAAUGCAUGAUGCCCAGUGUAUAUUCAAAGAUCACAAGAUUGAGCUUCGUCAUGUCACUGGUCAAACUGAAUCUGAUGUUGUUAUUCACUAUGAAUCACAAAGCAAACUUCCAGGUACUGUAUAUUGUUACUUUCUCUAGCUACUAGUAUGCACUUAUAUAUACAUGUGCAAACCACAUGUACAUGUAUAUAUGAAUUAUAUGAUAGAUUUGCUCUAUGUUAUAUGUCUUAAUUCUUGUUGUUACAUUUCUACUUAUAGAUGAUAUGGCCACUGCACAUGUGCCAGUUGAUGUUGUAGCAGGGGACUGGGUUGCUGUCAUUUAUGAUGACCAAUGGUGGCCAGGAACUGUCGAUUCAGUUUCAACCGAUGAUGAAAUUACAGUUUCGUUUAUGAAACCUGUGGCCAAAAACAAAUUCAUCUGGCGUCAAGAUUUAAAUGGAAAAUGCAUUGACACAGAUGUUGUACCAACAACAGAAGUUUUGGCAAAGCCGGAAGAGAUCCCAGUACCGGUAUCUAAUCGCCAUUUCUCCUUCUCGGCAAAUUAUGCGAGAAGUUUAAAUGAACUCAUGACAACUGUUUAG